AUGUCCCACCCACAACAACCAGUCCAUCCCCCAACGACCAGCCGCACACCGACUGUAGACGAUGGCGCAGAAUCACACAACCUCCAGGCGAAAGAGCGACCUCGACAUCUCUCGUCCAUCUACCCCCCUAUCUCUAUCAAUCGCCUGCCACGUGAACUCCUUGUCCGUAUCUUUGCCAUCUUGUUCAUCCCGUCUCCCUCCGAGAGUGCAAAACACGUCGACUGGCGGACCACGGUCAUGCUCGUGUGUCGAGAGUGGCGCGAUCUCGUGAUGUCCUCACCGACCAUGUGGUCCUCAUUGUACGUCCUGCCAAAUAUGCCAUUCGACAUCCUAUCCCUCCACCUCUCCCGCUCUGCAAAUGCGGAUCUGGACGUAUCCAUCGACACAGCGUCUGACCACGAAGAUACCGCAGCGGAUGUGGUAGAAAUCAUCGCCCGGGAAUCGAGAAGGGUUCGCUCGCUACAGACGCUCCCACUCAGCAUGAUUCCUCGUCCUGCGCUUCGACACCUCUUCGACACCACCUGGCCUCUGCUCGCUUACCUGUCCAUCCGGAUCGGUUCAGAAGACAUUCAACGAGCUCUGUUGGAUUUGGACCACCUUUUCAAGUUCACAUCACAGCGAUUUCCAACACUCCGCGUGCUUUCGUUCCACGGAGUCGUCCGAUUCUCAAUCGGCGCGGGCGUGCUUCGACAGCUCACCACACUCAGUUUAUCAUGUCUGCGCUUCCCGGGGUGGUCACCGAUGAGACACGUCGUCUCCCGCCUGACCGACGCUCCACAACUUGAAACCCUAUUGAUCUCCUCCCGCGGUCGCGAUGAAGCCGUUCCGCGCGAAGAGCACCCCCCUCCCCCUGGUCACACAUUCCCCUUCUCACUCCCGCGCCUUACCGUAUUCUCAUUCACCGGAGACGACGCUCACGAGUGCGCUCCCAUCACGCGAAGCGCCUUUCUGAAGACGUCUGGGCCCAUAACCGUGGACUUCAAAUUCAAGUCCUGGCAGGAACUUUUCCCGGAGGAAGCCAACAGCAGCCUGGUAGAUGUGAUCCUGCCGGCCCACCGGAGUUCCUCAGACACCCUCUUCUCCCGGCACCUGGACACUGCGCACCUGAACAUAAAGCGCAGCAGCUCACAGUUCCUUCUCUGCACUCCGAGCGAUCGCGAACGCGGCUUCACAUCCCUGUCUGCCAGCGCGGAAGGUGACCUCUCACCGGUGUACCCGCUCUCGAACGCGUUCUGCGACCUGGCGCUCCUCUUCCGCGGCGUGUCGGUCACCAGCCUCCACAUCCGCAGCCGCCUGUGCCACACCGCCGUCAGCCUCAAAGGCUGGCAGGCUGUUUUGGACGCUUUUCCUAGCCUCGAGAUCAUCGUCCUGAAGGGUUCGGUCGAGGUCAACUCACUUUUCGACGCCCUCGCCCCCACAGAGGGCUCCUCUGCCGGGGACGCCGCUAGUCAGAUCCCCGCGCCGAACCUCUCCCUCAUCAUAUUCGAUGGAGUUACGCACCAUGGAUCGCUCUCCGGGCUGGAGUCGUUGUUCAGUGGUAUGGCGUGUGUUCUGCGCACGAGGGAGCGCGCAGGAGCGCGGCCCCUCGCAUGCCUCACCCUAUGUCUUUCGUUGGAGGGGGACAUGCCCGACGAGGGUUCGAGGCGGGAUCGGGCGGUAGCGCGUGCGACGGCACAAUUGGGGGAGUACGUCGAGAUGGUGAACAUAGAGGUGAAGUACUCCGAGCAUACGGUGGUGGACGCCAGGAACUGA